AGCGGCGGCGACGCGGCCGCGCGCCCCGCCCCCCGCACACAAUGUGGCCCCCCCGCGCGCGGCCACCGCGGGCCGCGCGGCCCGCGGCGCUCCUCGCCCUGCUGGUGCUGCCCGCAGUCGGCACCAGGCGCUCGGAGCGGCACCGCGGGGACGCGCACGCAGGCGAGCGCGGGGCGCGGAGGUCGCUGCGGCCCCCGGCGGAGGAGCGCCGCCCGCGCGCCCGUUCCGCUUUGACCAGCGGCUGCUCGUCUGCAACGCCUACCCCAGCGCGUCGCCAAUGGACGUGCGGCAGGACGGGAAGGCGCUUGCAAGCGGCCACGACGCAAUCCCGUUCAGCGAGUGCCGCUACCUGACCACGCGCGUGAAGCCCCAUGACAAGACCUCGCGCUGCAGGGCCAAGAGCCGCACGGGACGUUCGAGGUCGGCGAGCUGCCCUCGGCGGACGCGGUGCUGCUGCUGGUCCCCGAGCGGCGCCCUGGUACCUCGGCCGUGAGCUUCCAGUCGCUCGCCUUCCCGACGGGCACGGGCGGCAAGGACGACGCACAGCUUGCCGUCAUCGAUGCCUUCAAGGGCAACGGCACAGCCCCGCACCUGCAGGUCGAGGACCACAUGACCGGCAAGGAGGAGCAGACCGUGUCCAAGAUAGAGCAGCUGAACUUCGAUCGCGUCUACUCGGUCGAGGAGGGCGAGUACGACGCCUCCGUGGCGGAGCGGCGUGGCGCGGAGGGCCCCCCCAGGCGGGGCGUGGCCAGGCUGCUGAAGCUCCAGAAGAACCAGAACUACGUGGUGCUUCGCACGGGAGACGACAGGGGCCAGUUCCCCGAGUCGCUGGUGGUGUUCCCACAGACCGCCCUGCGCAGCGGCUGCCCGCGCUGGGCUGCGCCGCCGCUCUGGCUGCCGCUCGCGUCGGUGGCGCUGCUGCAGGCCUGCCUGCUGUGAGAACUCGGCCGUCCCAGGUCCGCCGCCGCCGCCCCGCCGCCCCACGGUCAGAUCUAGGCGCAGCAGGGGGAGUGAGCAGGGGGAGCGGACGCGGAGGUUCGCCCACGGCCCGCGCUCCAACGCGCAGUGCCCGCGCCCGCGGCGCGCCCCACGGGGCGUUCGAGUGGGGAGGCGGCGGCGGGCGCCCGCGGGCG